AUGAGGCUAACCAUUGCCUCAAACUUGAAGGAGAUCGACAGGCAUCGGCAUCAUGGACCUGUAAUUGCUGUCCUUGAGUGCCCAAAUGUUAAUUUGAUGAAGACUGGCGUACGAGUUCUUGACGAUUUCCCAUGUGUGAACAUUCCUUCUAACGCUCGUGAUUGUCAGUACCAGACUCUUGGGUGGCAAAUUGUGGCUGCUAAAAUUGGAAUGCAACGAUGUGCUGCUUCUUCUCAGUGGUUGAAUGAGAGAAUUUCUCUUUCAAGAUAUGCCCAUGUUCCAUUGGGGAAUUUUGAACUCGAUUGGCUAAUACAUACAGCAGAUAUCUUCUUUUCAAGAGCAUUACGAGAUCAGCAACAGGUACUUUGGAUAUCUGAUAAUGGCAUUCCAGACCUAGGAGGCACUACUGAACUAGAGUCAUGCUUUGCUGAUGAGGUCAAUCAACCUGUUCUAGCUUAUCCUGGAGCAUACAGAAAAGUUGCUGCAGAGCUGAAGCUUCAUCACCUGGCUGUCAAUGCUCUUCUGAAGAGCAACCAAGUGAAUGAAAUGGAAGGAGGCGCUCUAUUUGGAUUAGACAUGGACUUGAACCCUGGAGCACAUGAUAUCAAUGAAAUGUGUUGUGUCGACGAGGCUGCCUCUUGUGCACCUGCAUUUCGGGUCCUCAAACAAUUGAUCCAGAGAUGCCUUGCGGAUGCAGUGACAUCUGGAAAUGUGUUUGCUGACGCAUUAUUGCAGCAUUUAUAUCGAUGGAUUUGCAGCCCACAGUCCAAACUUCAUGAUCCGGCAGUUCAUCGUAUGCUUCACAAGGUUAUGCAAAAGGUGUUUGCGUUGUUAUUGGCCGAGUUUCGCAAAUUGGGUGCAACCAUCAUAUUUGCCAACUUCUCAAAAGUGAUUAUAGACACAGGAAAAUCUGAUUUAUCAGCAGCCAAAGCUUACUGUGAUAGUUUGCUUAGAACUCUGCAAACUAGGGACUUAUUCGAGUGGAUUGAGCUUGAACCCCUACAGUUCUGGCAUUCCUUGCUUUUUAUGGAUCAGUAUAACUAUGGAGGAAUUCAGGCUAAAGUUCAUGGUGGAUCGCCAGAUAGUACUUCAAAACCAAAUAAUGAAGGUGUGCAUGAUGAAUCUCAAGUGGAUAUUGUAUCAAGCUGGAAUAUUGCGGAAAACUUACCCAAGGCAACUCAGGAUCACUUCAUUUUGGUUGUCUCAGAGUUUAUGUAUAUUCCAUGGAAAUAUGCACAGGAACAAGAGGUAAUUAGGGCAUCUAUGAGGAAUGGCAAUUCAUGCACUCCGUCGAUUGCUGCUGCAACUGCUGAAACUAUUGAGUCACACGUGACAGAAUAUAUAAGGGAGCAGAUCAGCUCUUACUUCACAGACAAGCUUUUAAGGAUCGUUCGUGAUACAAUUCUUCAUUGGAAGGGAAUGAGCAAAUCUAUUAGUGACCAACAUAUCUCUUAUGGGGAUCGGCAACCUGUUGGUAAUAUCCAUACGGCGGAUCCUGCGCUAGAGUUCAUUAAGAAUGUCUGUGCUGUUUUGGCUCUUGACCAGCAUGUUCAGCAUAACGUUCUGAUUAUGAGGAAGAAUUUGUUGAAAUAUGUUCAUGUGAGAGAGUUUGCUCCAGAGGCAGAGUUUCAGAAUCCUUCUAUGUCCUUCACUUUGCCAAAUGUCAUUUGCAGCUACUGCAAUGACUGCAGAGAUAUAGACUUGUGCCGUGACAGGGCUUUGCUAGCUCAGGAGUGGCGAUGUGCUGUGCCACAGUGUGGGCAACCAUAUGACCGUGGAGUGAUGGAGAAUGCGCUUCUUCAGAUCGUACGGCAGAGAGAACGACUGUACCAUCUGCAGGACCUAGUGUGCCAUAAGUGCAACCAGGUUAAAGCUGCACAUUUAGCUGAACAUUGUGCAUGUGCUGGCUCUUUUAGGUGCAAAGAGGGUGUAUCCGAGUUCUGGAACAAAAUGCAGGGAACACUAUUUGUGCUGAUCCAAUCCGAUCACCAAAACCAAACUCAUCAACACAAAGAAAAGCUGAUGAUCUGGGAGGUGGUUAUCAUUCACCAUGAUCUCAAACCAUUUGUAAUGGGUAGGGUCCUUAUGAAUCUACGGAGCCUAUUUGACGAUCGUGAAUUUGCAUGA